AUGCUUCCAACACCUUCUUAUAUGCUGGGUGAACGUCCAAUAUCAACUCAUAAUGGCUCAUAUACACCGUCUUUUCAUCAAGUGCCAUUUGUACGUGCGAGUGAACGAGUGGAAUGCGGUGUUAAGGUUCGUAAACAAUUACGCAAGUAUCUAAGAGCAGCAUCAACUACACAGCACAUGGUAGCUCAGACACUUUUAAGUGAUUCAUUUCUACCAGCAUUACAACCACAGGAAGUGGCACAAUCGUGUUUUCAGGACUUUUUUACGCAUAUGCGAACGUACAAUCAAGUGCUAGGCAACAAGCACUUGGCAGCUAGUAAGGCUUACUUGGAAAUGACAAAACCACUUGAAAACUCAGGCAAAUCAAGGCGAUGGGCGCGGGAUGUCUACAACUAUGUUCAACGCUGUGUUAAUGACGUACACGUAGCCGAAAAGAAAAUGGACAAGGCAAGAUCACGCGUUGCUCGUGCUGCUGACGAACUCGCGCACUGGAAAACAGUACUAGCUGCUAACGAAGCUACAUAUCAAGUACAGCCAAACAACCCGGAAGUAAAACGAGCUUUCCAAUCAGCACAGUAUCGUUUUACGAAUGCUUUUGGUGAAGAUGAAGCGGCCGGCAUCGAGUACGAUGACGCACGGACUAUGCUGAUGAGUACAAUUGCCAAGCGAGAUGAAGUCGUGGAACAAGCUACGGAAUUAUCGCAGAGUGUGGAAGAAGAUCGACUGGAUACGCUCCUAAUUGUGAUCGGGCAAUUUGUGGAGACGAAAGUGGCCAUUUUAAAAGCAGAAAUUGAAGCCAUGUCAGACCUGCAACGUACGCUGAAAACGAUGGAUCGGGACUCUGUCGUGCAGCAAUAUAUUGUGGAUAGUAUGGCGCCGGAACUCACGCAUCGUCAAGCAAAGGCUCUGGGUUUAAUGGAAUGGCAUCGUGUCUCAUGGCGGUAUGAACAGCAAUCACGGCAAUCGACUGAGCCAGGCAGCUAUUUAGCUGUGUCUUGCUCCUUGGAAGAUAUGGCAAAGCUGAAGUCAUUGGGAGUUUCCGAGAAGGAUGUUGAAAUUAUGAAAGAUUUUGUAGCUAGCUGCUUCCUAGAGCCCGAAGCAGCUAUUCUUCCUGUAAUUGCAGUAACCUCGGUAAGUACUGAAUCGUCAUCAAAACACCGCGGCAAAUUUACAGAUGCGUCAGCUUCAGCUACCCAGUCGAUGUAUCGCGUUGGAGUAGUGCGACGCAUCAUUUUAGACUUCCUCAGGCAUCAGCGAGUGCACAACCGUGAGCUUUCACGCGAGGGUUUUUCGCGGCUUGCCGCAGCGUUGCAACUGCUGUUGGAUGCUUGUGUUGCUCAACAUGAUACGCGAACAACAAUGCACCUUAUGAAUAUGUUGCAGACUUUUUACCGAAAGACCAGCAAAGACGGACAGGAGUAUCUCCAUGCAGCACUUAGAGAUCACGCGGCUUGGCGUGUACCCGCGUUUUGGAGAGAUGCAUUGAUGGAGAGUGUGGCAGAGGAACUGAGCAAGACGCCAAUGGACACGCCGUGGUAUUUUCUGGCCGACGCUGAACGUGCGCAAAAGGUGUUGGCGGUACACAAUGUCGUGUACGGCCAAGCUUCGGCCUACCUGUACCACCUUUCUAGUUUCGGUUAUUCUCGGCGGCAGCUUCUCCAAUACGCUGUCAGUGUGUGUUUGGCAUACGAACUGGGCGAAGAGCAGCGCGUUAGUUUGCUUUCAUCGGUUCGGAGUAUGGUUUUGGCACGAUCACAAGAGGAUGAUUACGAGGAAAAGCGAGAAGGGCCGAUGAAGUUUGAAAGCAAUGAUUGGCACCGCUCUUCUGAACGUAAUGUUGAGCAGUCUCACUGUAGCAACAGCCGAGUCCCUGCUGCCCGAACUGCAGAUGUGGAGUUCACGUCGUUUAUGUUACCAGAUUGGUCGUCCUUUUCCAGUGGCGGUGGAAUUGCUGAUGCUAGUACAGAUAGUAGUAGUGUUUCGAAGUUUGGUCGCAAACGUGGAGAAUCGAGUGCAUCAAAUGCCACGACUGUUAUUGAAGGAUCAGUAACGGCGUCUUAUGUUGGUAGUGUGCGCGAUUUUGAGGAAAUGAAGAUGAUUGCAUCCACUGUUGUUGGCGAGGAAGGUGACGAGUCCUGGGAAAAUUUGUUUGGCGCAACGGUUACAGAUGUUGCUACAACCGAAGAAGAGCCGAUGCGUUCGAUACUGGGCAUUGAUGAGGACGCGUGCGAGUCCAGCGAGAAGCACAAAGACAAGUUAAUGAAGCGCCGCAAGAAUGCCCGUAAGUUUAACGACCAAUUACGACUGGCACGCAGUUUGCCUCUGAGUUUGCGUAUUCACGAGGAAGAGGAAGAGAGCGUGGCAAUAUCCACCGUUAUAACAACAGAAUCGGCAAGAUCAGAGCAGAAACAGCCACCACUACCACCCAGCCGCCCUCCUUCAUCUGCUGGAAUCUUGCUUCGACAUCGUUCAUCUGAUAACAUAUUUAUGACUGCUCGAGAGGAGAAAGGCAAACUACCACCUACGCACGGGAGCCAUUCGUAUGCUACAAGAUAUGAAAAUGGUAGUAUUCCGGAUGAAAAUGGAGGUGCGAGGUCUGAAAGGAGGAGACAGAGGAAACUACACAAGUCACGGUCUGUCGCUAGCAUCGACACAUCCAUACUACGAACUGAGACCGAGAAGGUGUUUCGUAGCAAAGGCGCCGCUGCCAAUCCUGCAGACCAGAUCAAAACUAUGGCGGCUCGGAUGAAACAGAGGCGGAAGGAGAACUCUGGUGGCACCAUCAAUUUUGUGGUGCUGACACGCACGCAGAGUGAUGCCACCGGGUUUCCGUCUGCUGCUGUCUUGCACGAACCUCCUCCUACACCAGAAAAGAAGAAGAAGGAGGAGGUAAAAACGUUGUUAGGCGUUGCAGCUCUUCGCGCUCGCUUUGAGAACAAAUAA